UCUCUACGGUCACGCGGAGUGUCGCCUAGCAACGGGGCAAACGCUGAGGAGCCGGAAGAGGCGCGAAGCCCAUCCUGUGAGGACGCAGCCGCGAUGUCCAAGUUCGGCAAGAGGAAAGACGUGCUGCGGCCCAACAAUAUCCUCCAGGGAGGCCUCCUGACUAAAGACCCUUGGUAUCUUUCUGGAUCAGCCUCUAGUGUAAAUCCUCCAGGUGCUGAGACAAGGAGGGGAAGAUUUCCUAUCUGGCCAGAGUGGAAUGAAGCUGAUAUCAACAUAGAAAAGUGGGAUGCAGGGAAAGGUGGAAAGGAAAAAGACAAAACAGGAAGAAGUCCUCUUCUACAUUUCUUUGAGGAUCCAGAAGGAAAAAUUGAACUUCCUUCUUCUUUAAAAGUGAGUUCCUGGAAGAGACCACAAGAAAUAUUAAUCAAUAAGGUGCCUGUGAUCGUAAAAAAUGAAACUUGGUUUGAUCUCUUUUCACCCAAUGAACAUUUAAUGAACAGUGAGCUGAUGCGAUGGAUAAUAAGUGAGAUCUAUGCAGUUUGGAAAAUAUAUAAUGCAGCAGCUUUAAGUCCCGAGGCUAAAGCUAACACCAAUGAAGUGCCUGUGCUUUUGUGGAAGCCAUGGGAACAUAUUUAUGCAUUAUGUAAAGCUAUCAAGGGACAUAUGCCAUUGUACAAUACUUAUGGAAAAUAUGUUGUAAAAUUGUACUGGAUGGGAUGCUGGAGAAAAAUCAUUGUAGAUGACAGUAUACCUUUCAGCGAAGACAAUUGCAUGUUGCUUCCAACAACAACAUGUGAACUCGAACUUUGGCCAAUCAUAUUAUCCAAAGCCAUCAUUAAACUAGCAAACAAUGAUAUACAUGAUAAUGGAAAAAGAGAACUGGGGGAAUUCACAGUUCUGCAUGCACUCACUGGAUGGAUACCAGAAAUUAUUCCAAUCCAGUCUGGAUAUUUGCAUAAAGUUUGGGACUUCUUAAAAGAAAUAUUGCCGGAAUUUAAGUUUCCUGAAGAAUUGCCCCCUGAAACUAAAGCAUCACUUCAGGAUGCCAAAAAAGAUCUUAAAACUUCUGAAAUUAAAAGUGAAGCUCCGCCUGUCAUUAAGCAACCAGAGAAGCCAGAAAAAGCUGAGAAACCUAGCAAAGAAAAGCCAGAUCAAAAAGAAAUUGGAAAGAAGAGAAGCAAAGAUGGUGAAAAGGAUAAAUCUAAGCCUGGACGAAUGUCUGCCGACUUUCAAAGUUCUCUUCAGUUGUUUCUUGAUGGUUCUGCAGUACCACUGCAGCCUCAGAUGGUGGCCUAUGCUUAUUAUUUGCCUCUUUAUGUAUCUGAAAAAAAAAUCUUUGUAUUAGAGAAAAUGGCAGAUUCUUCUGAGAAGUUACGAGAGUAUGGUCUUUCCCAUAUUUACAGCCAUCCUGCACUGCUAACUAGGACAAGGUCAGGUCCACUGGUAGCACCUCCGAAACCCCCAUUUGUACCACGCUGGAAACUUAUCCGCCAAAAGAAAGAAACAAUUGUAACAGAUGAACCCCAAGAACCUGUGAUUAAAAAGCCAGAACAAUUUAUUGAGCUUGCUAGUCCUUUCGUGAACUUCAGACUUUUUGCGAUGCCUAUACCAAGAGACACCCAUUUCCCACCAUCUACCUUCAAAAGGGGAUCACUUCCAACAUCCAACCUCCCUACUGUCACAGAAAGUGAUGAAAAUGUAAAUGAAAUGUAUGGAGAUUCAAAUCCUAUGAGUACAGAAGAUAAUUCCCAGGAAUCUACAUUACUUUCCAAUUUAGUUCCACAACAUGCUGCUGAAGGAUCCACUAAAGGUGAAUCAACUGAAAAAAUGAGCAGUGAAGCUGCUCAGUUACUUGAAUCAACUGAUGCUGCUUUAAGCACCCAAAUAGUAAACAAAACUUCAGAAGAAAUUGAGGCAGAAAAGAAUCCAAUUUCCAAAGAAAUAUGGAUGGACUAUGAAGACUUCUGUGUUUCUUUUCAGAAGCUGUAUGUUUUCCACAAACCAAAUACCUAUGCCUACACCUAUCAGAAAUCAGAUUUUAGGAUGAUGGAUGAACGUGUGUUAUAUUAUUUAUGUGUGGACAGUUUGAAGCCCACAGAUAUCCUGGUUAAUUUUUCUGCAUUAGUGCACUGGGGAGACAUGGGAGUUGCACAGAAAGAAGGCCACGUUUUGCCAAAGGGAUUUCUCAUAGUAGAAAGUUAUUCGUGGAAGAAUCUGGCUCCAGGACAAUUAAUCUUAAAGAUCCAUACCUAUGCCUCUAAAGCUGCUGUUAUAUGUCUUCCUGCUGGGCGCCAUGUUUUGCUCUUCACUGCAAGUUCCCCCAUAGGGCACCAUAUCCAAGUCUGCAGUAUGGUGCCGUGUGUAUUUGGUGAAGAGGAUAUUGUUCUGCCAUGUCUUGAAAAGGAGAGCUACCGGUUUAUGGAACAAGCUUCAGCUAUCAUGAAAGCCAUUGGAACUGUGCUCCUUAGUUUUGGGAAUGCAGAAAACCUUUCCAAAGCUAUGAAAGACCUGGAAUUGGCACACUGCCCUCCUGAUCUCAGUGGCACAGGAAUACUGAGAGAGCACUUCAAGGUUUUCAAUUGUGCUUUUUGGCAUUUGAUGAAACAAAUAUUAGGGAAGAUUCCUCCUAACUAUGCAUUUGCUUACAAAAGUUUCACUUUGGAUUUUAAACACUGUGAUGUGUCUGUUGAAGAUACCGAAUCCUCAGAGGUGACAGAGGUAAAUGUUUCUCCUUGGCAAAAUAAGGAACCCACCCCAGAAGAAGAAGAAGCUGUGCUUAAACUUCAAGCUGCCUGGCGAGGAACUUAUGUCAGACUAUUAAUGAAUGGCCGAAAACCAGGUACAAAGGCAAAUGCUAGAGUCAAAGAUACACUCCAGAAAUUGUGGGCUCUAAUUGAGCCAAAUUUUGAACUAUGUUCUUUGACAUUUUUGAGAGAUAUGUUUAAAAGUAAAUGCAAGUCAAUAGAAAAAUAUCGUUGCUCUGAAGAUGAAUGGACUAAGACAUCUUUUGCUGAUUAUACAGUUACAUAUGCGGAUCAGCCUCCAAAUUUUUGGUUUGUGAUCUUCAGGGAAGUAUUUUAUGUUCCUGAAGAUAUGUUCAUAGUGCCAAAGUUCUAUUCAGCCAUACCUACCUGCGUGGUGCAUGUUGUCAACAAUGACACAUUGGAAGAAAUACCUAAGAUCUUUCUCAGGGUUACACCACAUCUUUAUACAAAGAAUAAGAAAGGAUAUACUUUUAUGGCCGAAGUUCAAACUGGAGAAUCACCUGUGAUGGCAGGAAAGUGGAAGCUUCGGCUUAUAGGUUCUGGCAGUCCCCUUCCAAUUCUAUCUCGAGAUGCUGUAAACAAUUUGUAUUCCAUUAAAGAAGUUAAGGACUAUUAUGUGCCAAAUGAUAAACAUAUAAUAUUCAGGUAUUCAGUAAAAGUCACAAUGCCACUCAUUGCUACUGUUCAGGUGCAGACCUCUAAACCAGAUACAAUAAUUAAACUACAGGUUCUGGAUUCUGAGGAAGAAAUGGUGAAUUCUGUUGGAAAGGGGCAUGUUGUCAUUCCAGCAUUUCAUUUCAUAUCUUCAGAAAGGCCUUCAAGUAGUUUCUCAACAGCAAGUAAAGGUGGAGUAGUUCAAAAUACUCCCAAAAAGGAGACUGAAGUUAUCACAUCUAAGAAAAAGGGUUCUCUGGCAACUCAGAAAAAUGUGAAGUCUUCAUUGAAGACAUCACAGGAAGGUCCAGUUCAAACAGAAGAAGAAACUGUAAUUGUACCUGUUAUUGAGGAGAGUGUAAAUCAGCAGCCUCACAAAUACAUUAUACAAGCUUCAGUGUUACAUAAUAGUUGGUCACUUACAGAAAGUCAAAUGGUAUUCGUUCAGGCAUUGAAAGAAUUAGAAAAAAAUGAAAUAAAAGCUCAUUCUGCUGAGAAACAUGAAGAGAAUGUAUCAGUCCUAAAUCCAGAUAUUCACAGCAACAUGGAAGGGCAAAAAUCUGCAGGGUCAUCCAAGACAACUAGAAAAACAAAGGAAAAAACAACUGACAAGGCUCUUAAAGAAAAGCCUCUAUCUACCAUUAGACCAGAAUCACAGCAAUCUGACCCAAACAAGCCCUUUUGGAUCUUGCGUCUAGUCGCAGAACAACCAGAGAUAGAAGCGUUGGAUGUGAGGAAAGACACAGAGAGAGCAGAUGAGAUCAAAGCAAUGAAGCAAGCAUGGGAAGCUGCGGAGCCAGGAAGGGCUGUCAAGGCUGCUCAGGAGCGCAUGCAGUUUGUUAAGAAAUUCAUGCAGAAAGGCUUUGUGGUGUCUGAAGCUGGUAGUAUCAGUACAUCAGUGGGCUCUGGAGAAACAGCAUCUCUUUCUCCUGCCUCUGAACCAAUGGUGUCCCCUCCAGUUGUGGCUGAACCAAGCUUAGGAACUCAGCGAAAAGAACAGGAGGCUCCAGAUUUCACCCCUUACAUUCGAAAAUCACUGCCCGAGCCUGUGCUGAAGAAUGAGUCUAUUAUUCAAGAGCAAGAGAUGCGCAAGGCAGUAGAAAUCAAUCUCUUUAGACAAUUUCGAGAGCUGGUUCUGGAACACAGACAAAAAGAGCACAUGGCUAGGAACCGCUUAAAGCAAAAUGUACAUGAAAUGUAUGAGGAUCUUCAAGCAUCCUUGGAUGAAGCACGAGGUAGGGUUCUCAGUAUCCGGGAAGCAUACAGAUCUAAGCUGCUAGAAGCUGAACGUUUAAGGCAAGAAGCCUUAGCAGCUGAAGAAGCCGCCCUUCGAGCAGAGCAAGAGAAGAAAACCCCAGAUGUACAGAAAAAAAAGGGAGCCAAAGGUGCAAAAGAUAUGCAGCAGGACCAUGUGAAUGGUGAAGUGAGUUACUGGACUGAAGAGUGAUGCUGCCUGGGAACCAGAAAGGUGAUGUGAUAAACUGGCCAAGAGAGCCCUCAUGAAUUAGUACCCUAAUAAGAAUAAUAUGCCCAGAAACCAUUGUUUUUGAUCAAUCUUCUGUCAGUAGACUGCAGUUUUUGGAUUGAUUCCAAUUUAUUUUUUCAAUCUUCCUUUGUAUUUUUUUUUUGUUUAAGAACUACUGUUCUGACUUCCAAGAUUGAAUGCACAAGAAAAUUGAAGUGUUGUACAACUGGUUUUUGUAUAUUCCCAUUCCUAAUGUCUGAUUUAUGUCCAUCUGUCUUCUGCCCCAGAGAUCAGUGAGCUUAGCCAGGAAAAGGCUCUGUGGAUAGAUAUCACAAUUAUUACAGGAUGCUGUUUUCUUUUGUGCAUUACAAAUCCCCUUUCUUACAGCAUACACAAAUAUGCACUACUAGAAGAAUGAGCACAUGGAAAUCCUGUAUCAUUGGACUCUCUCACACUUCACAGUUACAGCACUUUAAUGCCACAUUAAAUUUCAUUGCUACAGGCAAUUCUCGGGCAGAGAAUUCUAAUAUACCUCACAAAAGAAGAAAUCUCAGAAUUCCACAGGAUGAUCCAUGGCAGUUUAAGUGGUAGCAAUAUGCUAAGAUGUGGUGCAAAUGCGACAAUUGACAUUGCACUAUAUGUUCACGUAUAAAUCUAGAAAUUUUAGUCAAAAAUCAACCCAAAAAAACCUCACCAACCUAUCCAUAGAUCAAUGGAACUAUUGUACCUUAAUUUGUUUUUUUUAAAAGAACAAUGCCCUUCUCUGAGAAGAAUGGCAAAAGGAGAGACCUUAGUCCAUCCCAGAAGAACCUAAAAGAAGCACCAACCCCUCUAUUCUCUGCAUUGUGAUGCCACUUCGGGUGUUUUUGAAUGCCUGGACAGAGAAAUGGCCGCAACCAAAGUGGUUGGCACCAUGAGAGCAUUUGUGCUUUCCCCUCUUUGUGGAAUGACCUUCAACUUAUCCAUGAGUCAUAUCAAAAUACAUAAUUUCAUGUUUGUGGCCGCCACAAACUAUGUUGAAUUGGUUGAGAAUCUACAAGAUAUUCAUUAAAAAUCUAUAGCAAAAUGUGCUGCAAGAUGUCCCACAAAAACAAAGUUUUGACAUUUAAUAAGCUUUUCCCAUGUUUUUAUGAUAGAACCAAUUAGGAAGUGACAUUUAUAACCCAGGAACAAAAUUGUGUUACAUGGGAUCAACUUUUGGAUAAGUAUGUAUGACAAUUGAUCACUGAGAGAUUGCACUUGCUGUUCUCCACCUGCUGCAGUCACAUGUUCGGUCUUGCUGAGAAUGGGCAAUUUGCAUAUAUGUAUAUGUGUGCAUGUAGAGGACCUCCAAGUAUGGAAAUGUUUUGUGAUAGAUUUGUUUUCAUAUGGAAGUAUUAAAAAUCAUAGGUAUAGCUACCAGAUCCAGUAGAAAUCAUUUAUUUUUCUAUCUUUUUAACAUUAAGAUCACUUGCACACCCUAUUUUCCUUUCCUGGAACUGAGCAAUAGGGAUAAUGAUCUUGGAGGCUACUAAAUUUGUAUUUUCAACCAUAAGAAAUAUGUGUUUAUAUUUCAAUAGCAAGUUGCUUGCAUGUAGCUCUUGUUUUCUUGGAAUAAUUGAGAGUCUGUAUCAAGGAGUAGUAUUUGUUCUUUCACCACAAUUUUGGAAUGGUUCAAUAAACUUUACAUAAUCAA